GCCUCAGGCGUCCUCCUCAGCGCCCCGGUCCGGUGGUGGAGACUCCGCGCGCUCGCGCCCUCGUCCCCGCCCUCCCAGUCGCUGUGGCCCGCCGCGCCUGGCUGGGUGCCUGCGGGCGGGCCGCCUUCCCCGCCGGUAGCCUCUCUCCCUCUUAAAGCCGCGGCGGGAAGAUGAGGUUCCGGGAACCGCUCCUGGGCGGCAGCGCCGCGAUGCCCGGCGCCUCCCUACAGCGGGCCUGCCGCCUGCUUGUGGCCAUCUGCGCUCUGCACCUCGGCGUCACCCUCGUCUAUUACCUGGCCGGCCGCGACCUGAGCCGCCUGCCCCGGCUGGUUGGAGUCCCCUCGCCGGUGCAGGUCGGCUCGAGCGCCGCCGCUAGCGGGCAGCCUCCCGGGGCCCGGCUGUCGCCACCUCCGGACGUCUCCGCUCAGCCUCACCCUGAUCGCGGCUCCAGUCCUGGUGCGGAUUCUGAUCCCCGCCCCGCGAGCAACUUGACUUCGGUCCCAGUGUCUCCCACCACCAAACUGUCGCUGCCUGCUUGUCCCGAGGAAUCCCCGCUGCUUGUUGGCCCCAUGCAGAUCGAAUUUAACAUUCCUGUGGACCUGGAACAUUUGGCAAAGCAGAACCCAGAGAUAAAGAUGGGUGGCCGUUAUACUCCCAAGGACUGCGUCUCUCCUCACAAGGUGGCCAUCAUUAUCCCAUUCCGCAACAGGCAGGAACACCUCAAGUAUUGGCUGUAUUACUUGCACCCAAUUCUGCAACGCCAGCAGUUGGACUAUGGUAUCUAUGUUGUCAACCAGAAUGAAAGAGGGAGGAAGGCCGACCAAACUGCUGCUGCUACCCUAACUACCACCACCACUGCUGCCGCCACCGCUGCUACCACCACUACCUUGGCUGGAGAUAGCAUGUUCAAUCGUGCUAAGCUGCUCAAUAUUGGCUUUCAAGAAGCUUUAAAGGACUAUAACUACAACUGCUUUGUGUUCAGUGAUGUGGACCUCAUCCCAAUGGACGACCACAAUGCCUACAGGUGUUUUUCACAGCCACGACAUAUUUCUGUUGCAAUGGACAAGUUUGGAUUUAGCCUACCUUAUGUUCAGUAUUUUGGAGGAGUCUCUGCUCUAAGUAAACGGCAGUUUCUUACCAUCAAUGGAUUUCCUAAUAAUUACUGGGGCUGGGGAGGAGAAGAUGAUGACAUCUUUAACAGGUUUUCCCGAAUUGCACACACAAAGGAGACAAUGAAAUAUGAUGGUUUGAACUCACUCACCUAUCAGUUAUUGACCAUAGAAAGAUACCAAUUAUAUACCAAAAUCACAGUGGACGUUGGGACACCAAGCUAG